UUGUUGUUUCACAGUUCAUAACCUCCUCCUCGUUAUAAAUCCACCCUUCUCCCUUCACUCUAAUAUCACAAAUAAAUCUCUCUCCUGAGUUUUUGUUUGUCCAACAAAACCCCACAUUAGUUCUCAGAUCCUCCACACAUGGCGGUUUCCACCAAGUUUUUGGCUCUCUUCCUCUCCUUCCUAUCCAUCCAUGUAGUUCUAGGUGAGUUUAUAUGCGAGGAUUUGCCGAACGAUGUUUGUGCAUUUUCGGUGUCGUCAGCCGGGAAAAGGUGCUUGUUAGAGACCAUGUCCAAGAAAGAUGGAAGCAUAGAGUAUCAGUGCAGGACAUCAGAAGUUGUGGUGGAGGGAGUGGCUGAUUACAUAGAGACAGAUCAGUGCGUGCAGGCUUGUGGGAUUGAUAGGAAGUCUGUUGGGAUUUCGUCUGAUGCCCUCCUUGAGCCUCAGUUCAUGGCUAAGCUCUGCUCUGCUCCUUGUUACCAAAAGUGCCCCAACAUUGCUGACCUUUACUUCAACUUGGCAGCUGGAGAGGGUGUAUUCUUGCCCGAUCUCUGCGACAAGCAGCGUUCCAACCCUCACCGUGCCAUGAUCGCGCUUCUGAGCUCUGGCGAGGCCGCCCCUAGUCCUCACGGCUCCCAAUUACCAUCAGGGUUGAGUGCGGCAUAUCCCCCUUCUGAGGCAUUUGAACCUGCAUCUGCUCCUAGUCCUAUGUAAUCAUGCUGUGUAGUUUCUGCAAAUAAUUUCUUUUGAAUUAUAUAAUAUUAGUGUAUAUUAAGUGAGGAAUAAUUAAAUUAGUUGGAAAAGAAGAGGGGGAAAUUCGGUUCAUUUUGUUUGUGGGUGGGAUUUGUUGAGAUAUACAACCUUUAUAUCAAAAGUAAUUGUAUUACUUACUUUACAAAUGUCAGAUCAAUACAUACAAUGCUUAUACA